UAAAAUGGUAACGCCACUCGCCAGUCCAUUGUCUCGGCACAGAGCCGCGCUGACGUUUUGGCGGGCAAUGUGAAUCAUGCACAAUUUGAUUACAAUUUAAUAAAAGUCGUGCGUGCCUCGUGAAUUUUUGGCGCCAAAAAAUAUUAAUUGUAAAAAGUGCCGUAAUGUGGUUAUUAAUACAAACAGUGAUUACUCUUGCGCUUUGUCAAGCGCCUGAGCUCGCUUGUGGUGAAGAUUUUGGAUAUGAUGGAGAGAUAGGUCCACCAUAUUGGGGUGAUCGGUACAGGGAGUGCAGAGGCAAGCAUCAGAGUCCAAUCAACAUAAACAUCUUGCGAGUGAAGCAAGUGGCGCUGCCCGACAUAGAUUUUAUAGGCUUCGACGACCCUAUCGACGAUGUACACGUCACCAACAAUGGACAUACAGUUCUGAUCGAGGUAGAAAACGAGCCCCAUCCGCGAGUGAGUGGAGGCCCUCUGGACGGUAGCUACGUGUUCAGUCAGAUGCACUUCCAUUGGGGAGACAAUGACACUUUUGGUUCAGAGGAUAAAAUUAACCACAGAAGUUUCGCAAUGGAAUUACAUAUGGUAUUUUACAAAGAAGACUACAAGUCGAUCCAACAAGCUGUGAAACAUUCUGAUGGGUUAACAGUACUGGCCUUUUUUUAUGAGUUGGAUCGUCACAAGCACCCCGCGUACGACGACAUCACGUCCGCGCUCGCCAACGUCACCGAGCCGCACUCCAGCGUGGUGAUGAGCAACCCGUUCUCCUUCCUCAACAUCCUGCCCCUGGACCUGCGCCGCUACUUCACCUACAGGGGCUCCUUGACCACGCCGCCGUGCUCGGAAGUCGUCAUAUGGCUAGAUUUCGAACAGCCUAUACGACUGGCACAUGAUCAGAUCGAGGCAUUUAGAGAGCUGCGAUCGGCGAAUGGAAAGAUUACCCACAACUUCAGACCGAUACAACCGAUCGGCGAUCGCGUAGUGUUCUACAACAUAGACAACAACUACUUCGCCUACAACGAAGUCGAUGAUCCUGACGAAACUGGCUCGGGAAAUACAAGAAAACAGGGAAACAACAGUAGCUUUAAGUUUAGGUUAAAUAUUAUUUUUUACAUAAGUAUAUUAGCAUUAUUGGCAAUAUAGUUACACAAAGGAUAAAGGUGUACGCAGACUUAUCCGAGCCGAACGCGUCGAACGAAACGAAUUUUAGAAUUCAAUUUAUGAAACCGAUCUGUCUGAUUCGGACACGGAGAAGUGAACGAGGUUUCAUGAGAUAUCAUAUAUCUAUACUUAGAGAAUUCUAAAAUUCGUUUCGUUCGACGCGUUCGGCUCGGAUAGGUGUGCGUUCACCUUAAUAGGUCAGGGCAAGUCAGGGCUACCAAUGAACAUAAAAUAUCGUAGGCCGACAAGUUCGUUUUAUGAUGCGAUUGAUACUUAAAGUUCCUAACGAUGAAUAUUUAAAUAAAGCGACAUUCUAAAAUAGA